AUGUCCGCCGAGUUUGAGGACGUUCUCACCAACCAACCGGUCGUGAUUGACAAUGGCUCAGGGACUAUAAAGGCAGGAUUUGCAGGCCAAGAUCAUCCGAAAUGUUUCUUCCCGUCUUUUGUCGGUCGGCCAAAGCACAUACGUGUCAUGGCAGGUGCCCUGGAAGGGGACGUCUUCAUCGGGAGGAAGGCACAGGAGUUCCGUGGGUUGCUCAAGAUAAAAUACCCCAUGGAACACGGGAUUGUUACGGACUGGGACGACAUGGAACGGAUAUGGAGCUGGGUUUACGCUGAAGAGCUUGGAACACUGAGCGAGGAGCAUCCCGUACUAUUGACGGAGGCUCCUCUGAAUCCUCGGCACAAUCGAGACGUCGCCGCGCAAAUAUUCUUCGACACGUUCAAUGUUCCUGCUCUCUUCAUCUCUGUACAAGCUGUCCUCUCACUGUAUUCGUCGGGUCGGACAACAGGUAUCGUACUAGACUCUGGCGACGGCGUGACACAUGCCGUACCCGUGUUCGAAGGCUUCUCAAUGCCGCACGCUAUCCGGAGAGUUGACGUGGCAGGAAGAGAUGUGACAGACCACCUGCAACUACUCUUGAGGAAAUCCGGGCACCACCUACACACUACAGCGGAACGUGAGGUCGUCCGGACCAUCAAGGAGAAAUGCUGUUAUGUCGCUUUGAACCCCGCCAAAGAGGAGAAGGACUCCCUCGGUCGAAACGAAGAAUUCCGGUUACCUGACGGAAAUACGGUUCAACUUGGGCCAGAACGCUUCCGCGCGCCAGAAAUCCUGUUCAACCCUGAGCUCAUUGGGCAGGAGUACGCUGGCGUUCACCAAGUAGUCGUCGAUGCCAUCAACAGAGUGGAUCUGGACCUCCGCAAGAGCCUCUUCUCAAACAUCGUCCUUAGUGGCGGUAGCACGCUAUGUCGUGGCUUUGGUGACCGCCUGCUGAACGAGGUGAAGAAACUUGCGCUGAAGGACGUCAAGAUCAAGAUCUACGCGCCUCCAGAACGCAAGUACUCUACUUGGAUUGGCGGUUCUAUCCUGGCCGGUCUCAACACGUUCAAGAAGAUGUGGGUAUCAGCAGAGGAAUAUCAGGAGGAUCCCGACAUCAUCCACAAGAAACUCGGGUUCUGA